AUGGCUUACUGCUGCUUGCCUCGCUACAACUCAUCCGGUAAAAGACGACUGCCAGGGGUCUCAUUUCAUGAAAUCCCAAGUGAUGCAGAGCUGCGCGAGAAGUGGCUAAGGCCGACACUUCCUUCUGACUUCAAGGAAGGAUGCAAAACACGAGGGUUGAAGAAAGGUGCUGUGCCCAGUGUGUUCGAGGAAUACCCUGUGUACUUGCAGCCUUCGACGAAGCCCAAGAGGAGGGACGCAGUGGCAAGGAAGUGCAAAGGAGGCGUUCCAGAAUCUACAUCAGGAGGAAAACGGCGAACACUUCCCGGCAGCCCAAAUGAAUCCUUUGAGCCCGCUCACGACGACCUAUGUGUCAGUGACAGCGCCGGGGAAGGAACCAAUGAGCUAACACGACCCUCAUGCAGUAGCACGUACCAAGCAGCGCCUUCCUGGGUGAAGGUACACUGGGGCGUCCAAGUAAGUGGUAACCCCUCAGUUGCAAUAAUUGAGAAACGAAAGUGGAGGCGGAAAGAGCGUGAACUCCGUGCCCAGAUUCAAGCACUCAAGCAGGAUGUAAGCACCUUGAAGGAAGAGCUUGACUCCGUGAAAAAAGACUCUGACGUCGCUACCCUUUCACAUGUGGUCGAAAAGGCACAAGAAAAAUAUCUAGCAGCUUCAAUUUUGCUGGAGCAAGUAAAGAACUUCGGGGAAAAAAAGCUGGUCUGGUCAGAACUGACGGUACGUCAUGCAGUUGUGCUGAGAAACAUUUCACCUAAGGCUUACGAACACAUUCGAAAGGAAGCGUUACUGAGCUUGCCUAGCCGAAGCACGUUAGAGCGAUUUCUUGGAUCUUCUCGUGAAGACUCAGAUCACCUCAAGAAGCUGUACAAAACGCAGCAAUGCAGCAUUGUGAAGCCUGUGAGGUUCGUGACCAGGAAACACGUUUUGAACACUAACCUGGAGAAGAUGAACGUGAUGAGGGCAGUGCAAGUGUUAUCGCCCACUGUGACAGCAGCACUCAAGCUGCUGGAGCCACACACCUGCGAUGCGAGCUUCUCGCAAGUCGGUGAAACAGUACAGUUCAUGGAUAUUAUGCAUCGGUGGUUUGUGCUGAUGGAUGUCAGCAACUGCACUCAGCAUAUCCACCACAACUACGCUGACGCUAAGCAGUACCUGUGCAAAACAGAUGAGCGGCUGGAGUGGCUUGAAAGUACUUUCCUGGAGUACCUGGGCGAGCUCAAGAGCCAGUGCCACGUAAAAAACUUUCUCACAAAGGAGACAUAAGAACUUCUGCUUACAACACGUUCCAAUGUAGACUGGACGGGGUACUCGCUACGGGUAAUGAAUUUCGCCUUUGUAUUGACCCGAAAGAUGUCUGACCCCAUCGAGUCUUCCUUCGGGUGGUUGAGAAAGACAGCUGGGAGUAAUGACGAAACAGAUGUCCGAGCAGUGCUUUUUGGCAUCGAGAAGACUUUGAAGACGGGUAUUGCCUCUACAUAAAGGGACGGCUAUGUAGUUGCUGAAGAGAACCAUCCUUGUUCCUCGGGAGGCAUGUCAACGUCAAGGGUAGAAGCCACAGACAGUUUGGAGGUAGAACAGUUCCCGACCGAUGCAACUAGAGCACUGAUAUACCGCCUUGAACGAACAAAGGCGUUGGCCCCUACUCCUGAAGUUGCAGCGCUAGCCAUGGUGGAUGGCUACUUGGCUAGGGUUAUUAGCGAAAGUAUCACUUGUGAGCAGUGUACUGCCCUCGUGCGAAAGCCUGACUCAUUGGCCCCGUCUGACGCGCUCAUCAAGUAUCAAGAUUGAGGUGGACUCUUCCACCCGUCUCAACAACUACUUGUGGUGCUGCAUUGCUUGAAAAUCUACAUUCAUGUAAUGCUAACAAAGAGGAGGAACCUGAAACAUCACCUUAAAGGCAGCUGUGGAGCAUGCUAUACUGAAAUAUGACGCGAGCGGGAAGUAUUGAAACGCACUGUUCCUGGACAUCACCGGCAGUUUUUGGAAGUGUUGCUAACCAAAAUUUUCCACCCACUGUUCACAAAUUUUGCUCUAGGAGUAACUGACAAGAAUGACAUGGCAAAAACUUUCACCUCCAAGCCACUCUCACGGAAGGUACUAAAACUAUGA